AUGGAACCUCCAGCUGAAUCAUCUGCUAGGAUUGGUAGAACACAUGGUAACACUACUCAACAACGUUAUGAUUUGCAAAAUUCACAAAUGCUGUCAAAAAACAGUAGUAGUGGUCGCCUUAAAAAGCCAAAAGAAGAAGAAGAUUUAAGUAAUUAUUUCGAUCUAAAUGAUUCUAUUUCUUAUUCACCUACUGACGAUUUUAAUUCUUUUGAUGAUUUACCUGAAAAUUUUUUAGAUACAGAAGAAACACCACAAAGUAAUCAUUUUAAAUCUUUUUCUGCUGACAAUAUUAGAAGGAAUGGGAACUCUUUUAAUAAUAAUACUAAUUAUGAUAAAGAACCUAGAUAUCAUCGUUCUGGGUUAACUUCAUCAAGCAAAUCUUCCGACUUACUAACAGACUUACGGCAUACUGAUCCAUUUUCCCAGGACAAUGAUUUAGGUACUGGUUUUGACACUGUCUCUGAUAGAAGAAAUGGUCUUCAUCAAGCAACUUAUGAAAUACCUCCUCAAGGAUCAUCUACUUAUGUUUCUGAAAUUAAUCAUGUACGUGGUUUUGAUAAAGAACCAAUCAGUAAUGUAGAAUUGGCAUCAUCCAUGAUCUCAACGCUAGAAGGAGACGAUUCCACACCAACAACUUAUGAUUCUUAUGAUGAUAUGCCUGUUCCAAGGCAUACCCAAAGAAUAAUUCCUCCCCGUUCUGUUGUUGCACCUCCUCCUAAAGUAGAAAGUUCAGAAAAGGUUCAUGAAAUAAGGCCACCAAGACCAACAUAUAGGCCAUUAAAAACAGUUGUUACUGUUAAAAGAGAUUAUAAUAAUAGUGGUUAUGAUGAUACUCCUGUACGUCAUGUAAGUGAAGAAGUAAAAGCAGAAGCUGUACAAUCAUCAUAUGAUAUCGAGGAAGAUGAAAUGAUGAUUGAUACAGCUGAAUUGUGUAGAAGAAUAGCAUUUGAAUUAAAAAAAUAUAAAAUUCCACAAGUUCUAUUUGCUGAAAAAAUUAUUGGUCGAAGUCAAGGUACAUUAUCAGAUUUAUUAAGAAAUCCUAAACCUUGGGAUCAAUUAAAAACAGGAAAGUCUACUUUUAAAAAAAUGUUCGAUUGGGUUAAUUUAAAUCAAGAUGACAGGUUAUCUGUUUUAGGAAUGGAUGGCAAUGGUAAUAAAGUUUCAACGCCUCGAAGCGAGUCACUUUUAGAUCCACCUUCUCCUGCACCAAAUGCACGUCAUAGUGGAAAAACUAAAAGAUACUCCGGUGACGAAGGUCCAGCAAUAAAGAAACCUCGUUUAAUUUUUAGCGAUGUUCAAAAACGAACGUUACAAGCAAUUUUUAAAGAAACAGAAAGACCCAGUAAAGAAAUGCAGCAAACGAUAGCUGAACAUUUAGGUUUGGAUCCAUCAACAGUAUCGAACUACUUUAUGAAUGCACGUCGUCGAUCUCGUAACACACAAAUACAGCUUGAUUCAUAUACAGAUAGUAACGAUGGAAAUCCUAUAACACCACCACCAGAAACACCUAGUCGUCGAAAUUCAAAUAAACGUUCCAACUCAAGCAGAAAAAAAGAAGAUGAAUUGGGUAUCGGGGAUACCCAAAUUAAAACAGAAAUUGAUGAAAUUUCUGAAGCUAGUAUGUAA